AUGGCAGAUGCGCGGCGAAGGAAGCAGGCCCAAGCUAAUAACGCAGAUUCCCCUGCUCCACCUCCUACGCCACGAACCGCCGAGCCAAGUGCUUCUCAUCUCGAGCAAGACGACGUCGAAAAGGCUGUUCCAAGGCUUCCAGAUGUGAACGGAUCGGUUGCGGCACAAUGGGUCCGAACGCCCGAGCGACCACACCAUCGUCCCCUCGCCAACUUCUUCCGUCGAGUCGAUACGAUCAAGUGGACCCGUAAUCGCCUCAAAGUUCUGACGCCAGCCAUCCGAAAGAUGAAGCGCGGGCUCCUAGCUGGCGCUGGAAAGCCUCUGCCUGCCGCAUUUAUUGAAUUUACGACACAAGCCGAAGCAGAACGUGCCUACCAAACGCAAACCCACCACAGCCCUAUGUACAUGUCGCCGCGUUUCAUCGGCAUCCGACCGGACGAGAUUAUCUGGAAUGUACUCAAUAUGGGGUGGGCGCAGCGCAUUGUUCGCCGCUUUGCCGUCCUUGCUGGCAUCACAGCCGCCAUUAUCUUCUGGUCAUUUCCUGCGGCCUUUGUUGGUGUCAUGUCUAACAUCUACUUUCUCGCCGAUACCUUCCCUUUCCUUAGCUGGAUUACGAAGCUUCCCGCCGCCAUAACGGGAGUUCUCCAAGGCUUCGCACCAGCUCUUGCACUCUCAUUGUUGAUGGCCGCAGUGCCAUGGAUGCUCCGAGGUUGCGCAAGAGUCGCUGGUAUUCCGUCUCUGUCCAUGAUUGAACUUUUCGUCCAAAAUGCGUACUUCGCAUUCCAAGUCGUCCAAGUCUUCCUCGUCACCACCAUUACUUCGGCAGCGUCUGGUGCCGUCACCGAUAUUAUCAAGGAUCCCCUUUCUGUUAAGGACCUCCUUUCGAAAAACCUUCCCAAGUCAUCCAACUUUUACAUAUCCUAUAUCCUCAUGCAGUGUCUUGCCGCCGGUGCUGGCAGCAUGGUUCAUGUCAUCGAAAUUGUAAGGCACCAUAUCAUUUAUGCGUGCAUCGCGCCAUUGGUCCUUGCAUUCGCGACCGUCGGUCUCUACGUCAUCUAUCUCGUGUACCGAUACAACCUUCUUUACAUUUAUAACACGGAGAUUGACACACGGGGCUUAGUCUAUCCCCGCGCCUUGUUGCAGCUUCUUGUUGGACUCUACCUGGCAGAAGUAUGCAUGAUAGGCUUAUUCGCUCUCCGAUCCGCUUUUGCGCCUAUGCUUAUCAUGAUAAUAUUCCUCGUAUUAUCGGUCCUUAUUCACCUCUCCAUUGACGACGCGAUCAGUCCCCUCCUCUAUAAUUUGCCGCGAACCCUUCCGAUCGAGAGUGAGGAGCUCGCCGGUGGGUGCAUGCCCUUCGAGAUCGGACAGAACGAUGUCAUCACCGGCCAACCUCCAUCCCAAUCGUCUCCCGCAUCGAGCUCGACUCUGCGUCCGCAUGAUUCAUUUGACGUGGUUGAAGAUGACGAUGGAAAGGAAGACAUUGAGGAGAACAUCACACCAAGAACCAGGGGCGGGGGCAUACAGGUCGAAGGCGCGGAAGGGUUCAUGUCCUCGAUUCUCGACAAUACGAAAGAAAAGGCCACUAAGCGCCUUCGGACCCAUGCCGAAGCUUUGGGUCUUACAGGCGUGCUGGCAUAUUUUCAGUACUGGAUCAAACCGGACCGGAACAUACAGCCGAAUUUUGUCCUCCGGUGGCUUCACCCAGGGAUCUUUGAGGAUUUUUCCACCCUCCAAAAGAUGCUUCCGCCCGAUAUGCCCGAUCCCACUGAGUCAUAUCCCCGGAAUUAUGCGCACGACGCAUACUGGCCUCCCGUCAUGACAACCCCAUUAGAAUCUCUCUGGAUACCGAGGGACGAAGGUGGCGUGAGUCGGCAGGAAGUCAAGCACAGUGGGGAGGUAAUUGAGAUCACGGACGAAGGAGCGUGGCUCGACGAAAAUGGACGUGUGAAGCUGGACUUUGAAAAGGCACCCUACUGGAAGCCUAGAAUAUUGUACUAA